UAAUUUUUUUUUGUCAUUUUUUUUUUUUUAAGAUGUCUUCGUUUUUAUUGUUCAACGUCGUAAUGGUGACUUUGGUGAUUGUUGCAAAGAGCAGCGUGGCGGAUGAUAAAAAAGUGAAUAUGUUAGUCCUUUUGCCCAAGGAUGAUAGCUAUAUGUUCUCGAUAAAUAGGGUGAAGCCUGCCGUCGACUAUGCCAUGAGGUCCGUAGAGAAGAAUAACAGUCUCCUGCCAGGCUUUACGUUCAACGUCACAUUUCAGGACUCAGACUGCGGCAACCAGGCGCUUUUUAGCCUGGUCGACACGGCGCUGAAGCAGCAGAAACCGGACGCCAUCCUGGGUCCGGUUUGCGAGUACGCCGCGGCGCCCGUGGCAAGGCUAGCCUCCCAUUGGAACAUCCCCAUGAUCUCAGCCGGGGCGCUGGCCAUGGGGUUCAUGCAGAAGUCCGAAGAGUACUCCCACCUAACCCGAGUGGCACCUGCCUACACCAAGAUGGCCGAGGUGUUCUUAGCCAUGUUUCGCUACCACAAGUGGAGCAAGGCGAUGCUGCUGUACAGUGACGACAACUUAGAGCGGAACUGUUUUUUCACCUUGGAAGGGGUCCACACUGCCUUCAAGGAAGAAGGUUAUCACAUGUCCGUCUAUAACUUUCACGAGACAAAGCAUGUGGAUCUGGAGGACAUUAUGCACUCCAUCCAGAAUAAAGAAAGAGUGGUUAUAAUGUGUGCCAGCAGCGACACGGUCAGAUCAAUUAUGUUGGCUGCACAUCGACAAGGACUGACCAAAGGGGACUAUGUUUUCUUCAACAUUGAACUCUUCAACAGUUCGUCUUAUGGAGAUGGCUCGUGGAGGCGAGGAGACAAGCACGACGUUGAAGCAAAGCAAGCAUACUCAUCCCUGCAAACAGUCACUCUACUCAGGACAGUAAAACCAGAGUUUGAGAAGUUUUCCAUCGAGGUGAAAAGUUCUGUUCAAAAACUCGGACUCAAUGAAGUUGAUUACGUCAAUAUGUUUGUAGAAGGAUUCCAUGACGCCAUUAUCCUAUAUGCUAUAGCAUUGCAUGAACUAUUGAAGAGUGGUUUCACCAAGAAAGAUGGAGAUAAACUGGUUCAUCGGAUGUGGAACCGAACAUAUGAAGGUAUUGCCGGUCAGGUGUCCAUCGACGCCAAUGGAGACCGAUACGGGGAUUUCUCAGUGAUUGGCAUGACUGACCUGGAAGCAGGUACACAAGAGGUGAUUGCAGACUACUAUGGAAUUCAAGGAAACUUUGAACUCCGGCCAAAUGUGAAGCUUCUGUGGGGAUCUGGUAGAAUAAGACUUGAAGAAAAUAAAGUAUUUGAACAGAUGCCUCCGUGUAAAACAUCAGGUGGCUUAGGAGAAUCAGCAGUGACUGGAAUCGUGGUCGGCGCCUUCCUAGGCACGGGACUUUUAAUGGCAUUCUACUUUUUCAGGAAGAAAUACAGAAUAACUAUUGAAAGGCGAAACCCUCAUGAUGACUGCAACAUCGGCAAACACAGACAACUUCGAGAAGACUCCAUAAGAUCUAACUUCUCUGCAGCCUAAUAAAUAAAAAAUGAGAUUUUAUGAAGAUGCAACCAAAGACAUCUCUGCGUCAGAUGGAUCGCUCACAGAAGAGUAGCAGGAUCAUAUUCUUGUUUAUUUUUUAUUUUAAUUUUUCAGAAUCUCAGGAAUGAUUUAGUAAUCAUACGAUGCCACAUGGCCUUUCAUCUCAUAAAAAGGGACAGUUUAAAGCAAAUUGGUAAAUGUUCCGCAGGAUACAUUUUUUUUUAUUAU